AUGAAAAAAAGUGAAACAGAAUUUAUAGAACAAUAUGAAAUCUUUAAAACACCUCAACUUUCUUUUUUAGAUGUAAAUACGACAAUAGGCUACUCUAUUGCUGGUCAAAAAAUGGUUUUUAUAAAAAAAGUGGCGAAAAAUAUUCAUUUUUCUACCGAUUUAAUUACAAACAAAGAACUAAAUAAUUUUCCAUUUAUUAUUGAAAUAAUCGAUCAAUAUAUAGGAGAAGAGAUCCUUUCUGUAUCAGAUUUUUCUGAAAUUUUACCUUUAAAAGUUUUUAUUACACAAUUUAGUAAAAACCUUGAUUUUUUGUGCAUUUUAUUCAAUAAGCUUUUGUUAAUUUUAACAGAAUCAAAAUUUUUACAAUGUAUUUCUGAGUUUCUAGAAAGUGAUAUGAUAUGGAUUGAUAAAAAUUUUAAUAUAAAAAUAUGCUGGAUUACAUUUUUAGUAAAAAAUCAUAAAUUUUUUAAUAAUAAGGUAUACAAAUCAAAUUUAAAAAACAUUGAUGACAUCAUCAAUCUAUUUAAUUAUAAUAAAAAAAGAUUACAAAAACGAGUAGAUAUAGAAUAUAAAAAUGAUAAUGUAUCUUCAGUAUGUUUAAAUGCAGCAGAAAACAUUUUUUCAUGUGUGUCUGAACAGAAAGAUUCUAAUGAUGGCACAAUAAAAUAUAAAGAAAGAACAUAUACAUACGACAGAGGAAGUGUAAAAGUGUGUAGCACAAAAAAGCUCUGUAUAGAAAAUUAUAAAGAUUUUUGUAAAACAAUAACAAACCAAAAAGUUAAUUAUUUUGGGUUAAAGGUUUUACUUUUAAAAUGUAUUUUUCAUGAAGAUGAUGUAAAUGCUAAAAAUAUUGAUGUUUACAUAUCAAGACUAAAAAAAUUAUUUUUAGAGCAGUCUGAUUCGAAAUUUAAAGAUUCUGAAGCUUUAAAAAUUAUUUAUAAUUUUAUUGUUUAUAACAACAUUAACUCCAAGCCUAUUGAAAUCGUGAAUGACGAAUACAUAAAUUUUAUGGAUAACUUUUUCUAUAAACUAAAAAUAACAACUUUAUCGGAAAAGAAAUCAUACGAUGUCGAUAAUUUAAAAGAAAAAAUGGUGGUAGAGAAUGAUGGUUGUUUAUUUAAAGAAAAAGGUUUUGAUAUGUCGGAUUACAAUACUAAAAGUUAUAAAAAAGGACGUUUUUUUAUUUGUCAAGCAAUACCAAAUUCUCAUACAAAAGAUAAAAAGCAGGAACUAGAAAUUAACAAAAUUUUUCAGAUUAUUGAAAUUCAAAGUAAACAAAUAGAAAUGAUGUAUCAAACUCUAAAAGAUUAUAACAAAAUUGAUCAUUUAAUUGAUGCACAACUAAAAUCCCUAUCUUUGCAAGCAAAUGAAAUGCUUAAUACUCUAGAUAAAAAUCAAGAAUAA